AUGUGUCAAACGAGUGCUUUAUUAUAUGCCGCCUUGUUUUUCUUAAUAGUGCCAGUUAUACCUAAUGUUGUUGAAAGUGACCCUGUUAUCAAUGAAAAUCAACGUUCAUCAGUGAGCAAAGAAAGUUUAGCAGUUGAAAAUGAUACACAACAAGUUUCUCAAUCCUCUCAAGAUUCAUCAAGUUCAAAUUCCAUGAAUGAAGUGUCUUCACAAUCUUCUCAGGCGACCCUAGCACCUGCGAAUGAAGUACCUACUCAACCUUCUCAGAUACCUUCAACAUCUACAGAUGAAGUACCUCUGCAGCCUUCUCAACAGACCCCAACUCCUGCAAGUGAAGCAUCUGCCGAACCUCCUCAGUCGGCUUUAACUCCUUUGAAUGAAGUGCCUUCUCAGGCAGCUCCAACUCUUACGAAUGAAGUACCUCUACUAAUUUCUCAGGCGAUUCCCACUCCUAUAAAUGAAGUGCUCGCUCAACCUUCUCAGGUGGCUCCAACACCUACGAAUGAACUAUCGCAAGCAGCCUCGACUGCUGAUCAUCAAGCUCAAGUUAAUCCUAACCUAACUUUUGAAAGUGACGUUCCAUCUUCUCAAAGUGAUUCAGCAGGAACGGGAGCUACUAUAGAUGAUACUGAAGAUGCCAAUGAAGAAGUUAGUCAUCAGAAAUAUGAAGGUCAUCGAAGCGAAGAUCUUUAA